CUGUAUCUGACUUCCUAGUCCAACGAAUAAGUUACUAUUUAUAUAUCUACAAAUGGAAAAGACGUCUGAAUAGCAAUGCAAAACCUUAAAUAUCAAAACGGACAAAAUAAAUCUCCAUCGACAGCUGACUCAUUAGGAAUUUGUUUACAGCAGCCAAGAUAUAAAUCAUUUGCAGACCAGAACACAAGACUGAAAUCUUUUCAAUCUUGUACUUUCUGUGCAAAUGUUGCAGAUGCUGUGAGAGCAGGAUUUUAUUAUACUGGUACAUCUGAUAUUGUCCAGUGCUUUUACUGCGGACUUAAGCUCCGGAACUGGGAUCCAUCAGAUGAUCCAUGGGUAGAACAUGCUCGGCACGGCAAAAAUUGUCCGUUUGUCAUCAAUAUGAAAGGCAAAGACUUCAUUGGUAGUGCUCUUUACUCUAAAGAUUCGGAAACCGGGAAGGAUAUUGAAACAGACAGUCCUCCUAGUUCACCAAAACCAAUUUAUACCGAUGAUUUGAUCUUUACAACGGCAGGACAAGCAUUGUUAAAGAUGCAAUGUUAUAAACCAAGAGAUGUAAGGGAAGCAAUCCGAUUAUAUGUGUACAAAUAUGGAAAAGUUGAGUUUACUGCUUUUGAAAUCGCUACAAUUAUCCACAGUCAGUUAAGUGCAUCUAAACAAUAAAGACGAAAUGAGACACCAUCAAGUGAUCUUAAAGGCACCUAACGGUUCGGUGUGGAAUAAAAUUAACACAAAAAGACGAAUAGAGAAUCAUGCAAAAACUAUACAUUUAUUAUAGAUUACUAUAACAAACACUAGUCACACAGAUAGUUCAUGUUCAGCUGCAUGUGAUUUGAUUUUUUUCAAUGAACUCUUGAUUAAUUAAUUCUGAUGUUCUUAUUUAUUUAUAAAGUAGUAACAAACUAAACAUUAUGAUACUUUGCAGUUAUGGUACAUUUUGUAAAUGUGUUUUAGUAUUUGUAUUGCUGAUUUGUAUCCAUCUUCCGGAGCUUUACAAGAAAUAAAAAAAUAAACAUAU